AAAAAAAUAAAAAGUUAGUAGUAGGAUUAAGCGGUUAAGCGACAAAGCGUACAAAGCGGUUAAGCAACGGCGGCAAGCAAGUCUGCAUCGCCGACCUCUCAGGGCCAGUCGACCGCCGUCUAGGGACUAGGUCCGCCAGCCGCCACCGAAGUCCGCACCAGCCACCAGUGCAGCAAGAGUACUCUACUGUCUACGGCCUCUGCUCACUGCCCCUGAAGCUGUGAAGCAGGCAGAAUGCAUAAACCCUGAAUUCGACGAUAAACCCUGAAUUCGACGAUGGAGUCUUUGCCGGGGCUUAAAGAGUCAAACUUUAACGACGCCGGCAAACAUACAUUGCAUGACUUGAAGUUGGUGCCAUGGUUAAACUGGGAAGAGUGGAGCAUCAUUGCAGAUUCCCUUUUCUCUUCUUCUCCGCUUUCGGUCGAUUCUUCUCUUCUGAGGAUUUCGACUUGGAGGAACAGAGGGUGCAUUCCGGUAGCCAUCGAUGUUACAGCUUCUAUCAUCGAAAUUCAGCAAAAAGAUCCGUUUUUCAGAGAUAAUGUACCUAAAGGUGCUCAGCUGUCAGAAGAAAUUCUGACUAUGCUAUAUUCUAUGGCAAUUACCAGGUUUGUAAAUGGAGUUAUUGAGAAGAAUCGAAAGAAAAACGAGAUUUCAAUAGCUGAUGCAGCUGAUGCAAUUGGCAUCCCUCGUAUGCUGAUUGAUGUUCGUCAUGAGGGUUCUCAUCGUGAUCUUCCUUCACUUAAAUUGGCUCGCCUUGCCUCAACAAAGGCACUUGAUUGGUUGCAAUCAUACUACUGGAAGCCUCAAAGAGAUGCUAUUAAGAGGGAUCAAACUACCAAAUUUCAACAAGAAACAAGGGACAAAUUGCAUGAAUUGGCUAAUUGUUUGAAAGAAAAGGAAAAUGGCACAUUAUGCUCUUUUACCAAGGAAAAACGUCCUAAGAAACCAGUUACCAAAUGUUUGAAGAAUAUUCUUCGGUUGUAUUAUUCGUCCUCUUCGGAAGUGGUAUCGGUGCUUUUGGAAAUGUUGCUUAAUGCAUUAGAUUCUUCACAUUUAGCAGAUCAGCCAGAUUGUGCUGCAACAGUCAAUGGAUCUCUUCGUAUAGAUGCUGUAUUGGAUUAUUGGAAACCUGUUCUUACAAAGUUAUCAAAGAAAGCAUCAGACUUUCUUGUUACGUUUCUUAGAGGAAUCCUUGAAAAAAUUGAGAUACUUGCAGCCACGGAGUCUCAAGUUGGUAAUGCAACCGUUUCUCGCCAAAUCCAACUGCUGUCUCUCCUGCUUGAAUCGUCAGCUGUAAAUGUGAAAUCUGAAGAUUCUUCAGAGGAUCUUGUUCUGCAAAAGGAAAAUCUACAUGCCGUUUUAUGCAAAUGUCUUACUUUGUCCUCUCACGGAAACAAGCAUCUUAUGUCUUCAUCUGUUAUUCUUGCAAGCCUGUUAGGAAAUAUCCCUUUGCUUGAUAAGCUGAAAAGGCUCUCUUUGCUGAGUGUGUUUGAAGAGUCAGACCCACCUACUGUGCAAUCCGAAAUCUUCCUCUUGAGGCAAGAAGAGUCUCUUCGUCAGGCUGCCAAGAAGCUUGAAUUGAUUAAACUCAGGUCAUUGAAGGGCAAAAAGGUAAAUGGAAGUCCGAACCGUGCAGGCAUGGGGAUCCGUCGGUGGGUUGUAGUUGAUUCUUGGAGACCGUGCCCCAUAGGUAUGUUGCCUCAUGAUUUUGGUUCUUCAGGCCGUCUUCCUAUUCUUGAUUGCAUUCAAGUUUUGGAACCAUCAAGCCCAAAUAAUAAUAGCGGAAAGAGGGUGGCAGAUAUUGCUGUCGAAUGUUUAGAUAGUUCAGCUCAUAAGAAAACCAGGGAAGCUGAAUCAGAAGACAGGUAUGAAGCAGAUGAGAAUCAGAACAAAAUGUGUUCUUCGGGUAUUAAGGGAUGUUUGAUGAUUGGAGGUGAGUGGAAAAAAAUUAGUAGUGAUGAGUUGCUAGCCUUAGCUUCAUCUGUGAGGAUAUUGGUUUAGCCUCUGCUUUCAGAAUUAUUGACUGCCAGCCACUCUGCCACAAGCAAAUGGUUAUACUUUGACCGUUUGGCGACCAUGAAUGCAAUUAUAUAUCUAGGUAUUUAUUAUUUAAUGUCAGUAUUGAUUGGUUUUAUAUUACGUGUAUUUUAUUAUGAUACUACUCUUCUGAUGUCUCCAAAGAUAUAUACUACGGAGUACCUCUGCCUCGUGCAGUACUUUUAUAGCUGGUCAAACAUCGUAAAUCGCGUGAGAAUUUGUGUACGAGAGUACAUUUUUCUAAGUUGAGUUCCGUCAAAUCUUGACAUUCUACUUUACCCUUUUCUACCACAUUAUUUUUUAUGGACUUAAAAUUUUCC